CAAACUGUGUGUAUAAGUGUUGAUCAUGGGGAGAAAGCUUUUGGGUGGAAGUGUGGUAGGAGCAUCUGUUAAGAAUUACACAAGGCGGUGGCUAUGCACUGCUAAUGUGGGUCUGCAACGCGGCUUCUCCGCCGCCGCUCCGCCGGAGCUGCCGGAUUUCGACUAUAAGCCGAAGCCUUAUAGCGGCCCCUUCGCCGACGAGGUUCUGGAAAAGCGGAAGAGAUAUUUGGGCCCCUCUCUUUUCCACUACUACCAAAAACCCCUCAAUAUCGUUGAAGGGAAAAUGCAGUACUUGUUCGACGAGAAUGGAAAGCGUUAUCUCGAUGCAUUUGCAGGGAUAGUGACGGUUUCUUGCGGCCACUGCCAUCCCGACAUAUUGAAUGCCAUUAAUGAACAAAGCAAGCUUCUGCAACACGCAACCACUAUAUACCUACACCACGCAAUCGGUGAUUUUGCUGAGGGACUAGCAUCUAAAAUGCCCGGAAAUCUAAAGGUUGUGUAUUUCGUAAAUUCAGGUACAGAAGCGAACGAGCUAGCUAUGUUAAUGGCACGAUUGUACAGUGGAAGCCUAGGCAUGAUUGCAUUGAGAAACGCAUAUCACGGGGGCAGUUCUAAUACAAUAGGACUCACCGCUCUUAACACGUGGAAGUACCCUAUUCCUCAGGGUGAAAUUCACCAUGUUAUGAAUCCAAACCCUUAUAGAGGAGCGUUUGGCUCAGAUGCAAAGCGCUAUGCAGAAGAAGUGCAAGAUCACAUCGACCACGGUACUUCAGGAAAAGUUGCUGGAUUUAUUGCCGAGACUAUUCAGGGUGUCGGUGGAGCAGUUGAGUUAGCACCUGGAUACUUGAAAUUGGUUUACGAUAUUGUUCGUAAAGCUGGCGGUGUAUGUAUUGCUGACGAGGUGCAAACUGGCUUCGGUCGAACCGGGUCCCACUAUUGGGGUUUCGAGACACAAGGGGUUGUUCCGGAUAUAGUAACCAUGGCUAAGGGCAUAGGCAACGGUUUGCCACUUGGCGCUGUUGUGACAACUCCAGAAAUAGCGAGCGUGUUGUCUCAGAAAAUACAGUUCAAUACGUUUGGAGGAAACCCCGUUUGCUCGGCUGGUGGACUUGCUGUGCUAAAUGUUAUUGAUAAGGAAAAACGUCAAACGCACUGUGCUGAUGUCGGCUCUCACAUGAUUGACCGUUUACGAAUUCUUCAACAAAAACACGAAAUUAUCGGUGAUGUGAGAGGCAGGGGAUUAAUGGUCGGAGUAGAACUUGUGACUGACCGGAAAGAGAAAACCCCCGCCAAGGCAGAAACUGCAGUCUUGUUCGAAAGCCUAAGAGAGCUCGGUAUAUUGGUCGGGAAAGGCGGACUUCAUGGAAACGUCUUCCGAAUAAAGCCCCCCAUGUGUUUCUCGAAAGACGAUGCAGAUUUCUUGGUUGAUGCACUGGACUAUUCCAUUUCAAAGCUGUGAAGAAAUUUAUUAUCAAUAAAAAUGUUGAACUUCUGUAAUAAAGCUGUGUUAAGCACUUCUGAUUAUUCAAUAAUAUAUGCUUCUUUGCCUGAAA